ACAUUGUUUACGAAAACCCUUCAAGAUGGCGAUGCGAGACUUUUUUGGAACAAAUAAUCCCACUUUCUUAGCAGAAAGGGCUGCAAGAUCGGUUUUCGUGGGAAACAUACCUUAUGAAGCAACAGAAGAUAGUCUUAGAGAUAUAUUUGCUCAAGUUGGAACUGUUCUAAACUUCAGGUUGGUUUAUGAUCGAGAUUCUGGUAAGCCGAAAGGUUAUGGAUUCUGCGAGUAUCAAGAUGCCGAAACUGCCCAAUCGGCAAUGAGAAAUCUCAAUAACCACGAUUAUCAUGGCAGAGCUCUAAGAGUUGGUGUUGCUCAAGGAGAUGUACCUUUCAAGGAUGAAAUUCGUCAACAACCCGUACCAGGUCCCCAGUUUGAAUCACCCUAUGGACCGACCGUUGAGCCAAACGAAGCACCAGAAGCUAUUUCUAAGAUUGUUGCAUCUCUACCACCAGAGCAAAUGCAAGAAUUGAUGAAACAAAUGAAAUUAUGUAUACAAAAUGAUCCAAAUGAGGCUAGAAAUGCCUUACUUCAAAAUCCACAAUUAGCAUAUGCUUUGCUACAAGUUCAGAUUGUUAUGAAAGUUAUCGACCCUCAGGUUGCUAAAGGUAUGCUACAUAGACAACCUGAAAGUGUUCCGUCAAGUGUUAUUUCUGCAAGUGAUAUGCCGUUUAUUCCUCAGAGACCGUCAAAUACCAAUUCACCAAUGCCCGAUACUACAAGGGCUGCUGGAGGCGAUUUAGUUGUUGGAAGAAUAUCGGCUCCUGAGGAGCCAAGACGUCCGGCAGAUGUCUCGGAGACAAGAGAUCCUAGACGGCAAAUGGCAUCAGCUGAUCCUAGAGCCAGGGCAGCGGUAACAACAAGAAACGAAUCUACACCGCCUUCUCAAGCCGAAGACGAAAAAACAGCCUUAAUAAUGCAAGUUUUACAAUUAUCGGAUGAACAAAUUAGCAUGCUCCCACCAGAACAAAGACAAAGUAUUUUGAUUUUGAGGGAACAGAUAACGAGGUCAUCUAAUUCUAUGAAGGUUAUAGCAAAAAUGGAGAGAUCAUUUGGAAGCGGUUUCUCUGACGAAGAUAGUGACAUUGAAGAGCUUAUAGGGAGUAUUGACACUGACGAUCAACAAAUAAAUUCUAAAGAAGAUAGAACAAUUAUUAAAGAGUCACAACCAACCAAUAAUUCUCAGAAACUAAGUUUUUUAGAUAAGAAUCGUUCAACUUCUUCCAUAAAUUCACAAAAUAUUUUUGAAAUUCCGGCUACUUUGACUCAAGAUAGUGGCUUUCUUGUACCAAGAAGUGUUAAUAAUACAAAAAAGACGCCCGAGAGAAGCAUUGUACAAAAAAAAGAUUAUUGUAAAGAGGAAGUUACUGUUUUGAAAACAGAAACAGAAAAUUCUAGAUGGAAAAGUAACUUCCCCGGCCCUGCAGGUGUCAUUACUAAAUCGAUUCAGCACUCAGUACCAGAACUACAAAAAUGGAAAAAUUUUCGAAUGCCUGAAACGAGGGUUUCAACUCAAUUGCCAAAUACACAAGCUACCGCGGACAAUAAUUUCUGGUCAAAAAUUAAGAAUAAAUUGGAGCCUGAAAUACUUUCAUUUAUGAGAAAAAAUAAUAUAUCCUCCAUCUUUGAUCAAAUUAAUAUGAAACGGACGAAACUGUCAUGGUUAGUUGGAUAUGUUGUUGCUGAAGAGUAUAUUUGUGGGAAAGAUGGGCGAAUUAUAUUGAAGGACGAUAGCUCCGCCGAAAUUACAGCUUUCUGCCACAGAGACGUUAUCGAAGCUUAUUCACAUUAUUUUCAACAUGGUGGCGUGCUUUUGCUUAAAGAUGUAACUGUUCUACGAACACAUGUGAUUUUAAACUCUUGGAAUUUUGUAAGGAUUUACGCAUUAAAUAAUGAACGGGAAAUUGAUGUAAAGGAGCUGCAAACUAUUGAUGUUCAAGAUAUAAUUAGGGCUGAAUCAAAUGAGAAGACUGCUGAUCAGGAAAUUUCUUCAAAAGAAAUUCCUUCAGCGGUUGCCUCUCAACAAGUUCAAGCUGAUUUUUUUGAUGAUGAUAAUUUCGAUGAAUUUAAGAUGCUAACCGAUGAAGAUUUUAUAGCUGCUUCAAUGGCAACAGAUUCUAUGUCUUCAUCAAAAUUACAAAACGAAAUAACAAAACCAACAAACAACGAUCUUCCGAAUGUUACAAAUUCAAAAAAUAUCCCGUCAAAGUUUAAUUUUAGGUCAAAAUCUUCGCCACCAAAAGUAAAGAGUCAAGCAGAUGUCUCCAAAGUAUUUGAUGAUGAUGACUUUGAAACGAUCGUGCAAGAUCUGGACAUGAAUUCAUUCUCUAAAGAGAAGGAACCUUCUUCAACUCAAAACCGGAAAGUUAAGACGAAAAAAUUUUCUGCAUCACAGUUCCAGGUCAUAUCACAAACUCAAAUAAAGAAGGAAGCCUCAAAUGAUUCCAUAAUAGAAGCAGUACCCGAUGGGAAAACUAAUAAAUUUAAUUUUAAAAAUUUCAAUAAAGCCAAGAGUACAAAAGAAACAACUACAUCUCUGCUUCGAGAUGUGCGUAUCUCUGAAAAAAAUGAUAAUAGUCGCAAGCGUGAUAGAAAAAGUGCGACUGAUGCAACUAUGAGCGAAUCAUUCUUAAAAAAGAUUGACGCUCAUCUGAGUCCAUUUAAGAAAAAGAAAAGAGAAGACACCAGUGCUAAUAAUAAGUGCAUGGAAAAAUCAUUCAGUUUUAAAAAGCCUAUAGCCCAAUCACCAAAGAAAAUUCCGGAGAUAAAAGCUGAGUUAUUUUCAGAUGAUAAAUUAGACGACCUAAUGGCAGAAGGAAAUUUAGAUGAUUGGCUAAAUACGUGA